AGCAGGUGUGUUGUCUCCCAAAUCAAGGGAAAAAGCAAAAGACGGCGUUAGGAGCCGCUUUAGUACUUACCUGCGUUGAGGCAAAGUGCCUUCGGUGCCGCUAGCUAUUUCUUUUAUUAUUCCUUAUUCUUAUUCAAGGCCAGCCUUCACGCGUUAAUCCAACGCUCACUCAAAACACUGUGAGGUGACCAGAAGAGAACCGCCGUGCAUCAUGACAUCCCUUCAUUUCCUGAGAGAGGAUAUCAAGGAGGUUUUCAACAUCUUCGAUGAAGACGCUUCCGGCUCGAUCAACAUCCAAGAAGUGACGAGAGCCCUUUACACGAUCACCGGCGAGCGGGUGGCGCAGUCGGAAGUGUUAAAGCUCAUUGCCUACGGGCGCGACGCGGUGACGAGAGAACAGCAAAGGGCACUGGAGAGUCACAAGGCGUCGCAGCAGUCGACAGCAUCGGAAGCAGAUCCGCAAAGCACCCUUUCACCCCCUGCCGGGCUCGGCAGCCCGGACAUUCGACCGCAGAGUAAGAGUCAGGACUUCAUGAGCUGCUCCAGCACCCCCCGCCUACAGCCCUCGCACUCCCACCAGCUCGACAGCAGUGAAGGGAUUGACAUGGAGGUUUUUGAGCAGGUCGUGCUGCGCAAACUGCAGCAUCGCAGCUACGAGGAGGAACUCGCCUACACCUUUGCCCUGUUGGAGGACUCAACGUACGCGGGAUUCAUCACGAAGGAGAGCGUGCGCCGCGCCGCUGCGGAGGCGGGUGAGCCGUUGACGGAGGCGGAGAUUGUGGAAAUGUUUGACACUGUCGUCACAGGGGCGCCGACGGCAGCGGUAGAUUUAUCCGCCUUCAUAGACCUCCAACUAGCCGCCAGGAAGGCCGAAGACUCAUGA